AUAAGAAAGGAGAAAUCCAGGAAAAGAUUGACGUCACAGGAAGAUGCAGAGGAAAAGGAUAAAACCGGAAUAAAAUAGAGAGAUUGUUCACCUAAACUAUACAUGAUGAUAAUGAAAAUGAGGUUGAUGAUGAUAUGGCUUAAAAAUAGUUCAGUUGGAUCGAUAUAAUGGAUCACUAGGCUAGUUGACUGGUAAAUUAACUCGUAAACAAUUAACCAACCACACGGAAAAUGGGAAUCAAAUAAGUGGAUGGAUUUCGCAUGUAAUAUUAAAAAAACACACACAGAAAGGAAGACAAAGGAAGAUGAUGUCAAAAGGAUAAAUUACUGUAACAUAGAGUUGAGGAAGAAAUGAGUUUAUAAAGACGAGGAGAUUUUGUUCAGAGGUAAAAUCAGAUUUACAGGUAUCAUUUUAGGUUCAGUGUUGGAGCCAUGUUUAUCAAGUUGACAUUUAACUGUUACCAUCAUCAACCUUGUCUUCAUCUUACAUGUAUACAUCAAAGGUGAAUUUGUAUUGUUCAGAUUUGCUGGUUCCCACGCAAUGCUCUUCAUCUUCUCUUGGCUAUUACCAUUGGUAAGAAUAUUCUGAUAUUCUGAUCUUCUUUCCCUUUUCUACGUUUGUUCUUCUCUUCGCUUGUCUUUCAUUUAAUUCAUUUUACCUUUAUCCUCUCCCUGAAACUUACACAUACUCCAUUUGGUCGUUCAAUCUUUCCAAUAUGAAAUGUAAGAAUCUUGUAAAUACUAAUAUUGAGUUUCAUACUCUACUGACAUCUAUACACAGUUUCUCAUUAUUAUCAUGUAAACUACAAAUGACAUUCCCAUAUCCUUAUUACCAUCAUCAUCAUCAGUAUCAACAUCACCAUUCCAUCACCAUGAGAAUAAAGACUCUGGUUACUUUCAUCAUAACAUUAAAUUCAUCAACAUCACCCAUUUACUAGAUGUCAGUGUGAAAAGUUGUCAAAGUAAAGCAACAUAACAUGAUGAACAUGGUUUGUUUCAUUUUUUAUUUUCCCUUUAGAUGACUCUUCUUCUUAUAAUUACCAGCUUUCAUCUAUAUCUGAUCAACUAAGGAUAUACUUAUAAUUAUUGACCAUCAUCAUGCAAUUGUGUAAUGUUCUCCUCGAGUGACAAAAGUUCAAUGUUAUUCCAUGAAAAAAAUAUGGAAAAUAUUUACCAUGGAAAGGUUGAUCAAAGUAAGAAGGAUCCUUUCACCUUCAGUGACCUGGAAUUAGGAGUAACUCUAAUGGUUAAAUGGGAUUCCUCUUUGGAAUCCUUGUUUACAGUUUAAAUCAAAAUGUUUUCGCUUCUUCACUUUUUGAUUACAAUUUGUUGAUUCCGAUUGCAACUGCUAUCACCUUGUAACACAAUUACUACAUUACACUCUUUGGUUCAUCAACAUAAUCAAAUUUAAACUUAAAGGAUAAUCUCAACUGGAUCUGUUCCAUUCAAUAUUGCAAUUUUUCCAUAUUCAAUAUAACAGUCCAAGUGCCUACCAAUCCAUGUUAAUUCAAUAAAGUUCCAUGUUUAAUAUUUUACAUUGCAAAUGAUACUUGAAAAGAUAUUAAAAGCUAUAAAUGAAGCCUACAAACAAAAUAAUUUGAAUCAACUGUAAAACUUGAAAAUUAUACUAAACCUAAAUUCAACUAAUAGUGAGAAGAGUAAACAACAGCACACCAAAGAUCACCAAUUGAAGCCUAUUGCAAUUUUUAUCGAUUAAAACAUUGACCAUAGUUAAUUGGCCCAAAGAAUCUCUCCUUUUUUUGGCUAAAACUGGAUAAAAACUGUUAUUUUUUGUGUUGAUAUUAGCUAUGAAACCUAAUGAUUCCUAUGAGAACCUCGCUAUUAUAAUUGUUCUUUCUGGAUGUGGAGCUGCUAUUUUGGCUGCCAUUUUAGUUCUAAUUUGUUGCCAUCUAUUUGUUAAGAGUAAAGAAACUGUUACACGAUCAAGAUAUUAUACAAGCUCAGGACGAACUUAUACACUGGAAAGACAAACAACAUCAUCUGAUGACAAUAAUAUGGAACUGUUCAGCUGUUGUAUAGAGGAAUCAGUUUCACAACAACCUGAUGUUGAAGAAAGUGAUGAAGAUAGAACCAUAUCACCUAGAUCAUCAUCGUUUCACCAAGCUCAUCACUCAAAUAACGAUAAAAUCAACAAUGAAUUAGAUAAUUCAGCUCAAGUAAGAUUUUGUACACAAAAUGGAGGAGUAAUUGAAUCGGACAGAACUGAUGAGGCCAAUAAACCAUUGAAUGCCAGCCACCGUCGAUCGUCUGGAGGGAUCAUUCGACAACAAAGCUUUGAGGUGCCUGAUGAGGAGAUUAAUAUUGAUUUAACUAACACAACGGCCCAAGAAGAGGAUGACAAUGACGGUAGAUCUCCUGAUACGAUUAGACGGGAGUACCGGGAAUUAUGGCAAUUGCGAGCUACCUUAGAGCAGGAAGAGAAUCAAUCCAGUCCAAACAAUGGCUCAUCGAAAGCGGAUAAAGUGGAAAUGUCAAGCAGAAGUGAUUCUUACGAUUCUGUUAACAAACCAACUACUAAAUAUGAGUCUGGAUGGUUUUCAGCUGAUUCUGGUUAUAGAUCGAUGGAAAGACGAGAUUAUUCAAUUGAUAGUAAAACGGAAUCCAUAUAUCGUUCAUUCAUCUCUAACUCAGGACCAACUAAAAAAUCAUCACAUCAAAGCAUUCAAGAAGAACAAGAAUCGGAAGCUUUUGUUUAAAUUAUAAAGAUUAUUGGAAACUUCGUUUUGAUGGUGAAUUCAUUUCAAUUGAAUCAAAUGUGAUGCCUUCGUUUGGUUAUAAAAUUUCAUUCAUUCUUGGUCAAAUCAUCAAAUUUUCACUUCCGUUCUGCCUUGAUCCUUUUUGGGUGAUUAUAACCAUAAAUAGAGAGAUUCAUAUUAUAUUCAGUAUAAUAAUUUCUAAUAACUGUCAUAAGUCAAAAGAAAGCGAAACUCAAAAAUGCCGAAAAAUUGUUUUUGGUCUACUCCUUUCUUCUCGUUUUCAUGGACCCAAACAAUUUAUCACCAACAUUUCAAAGAGUGCAAAUACGAUAAAUCAAGGCAGAUAUUGAUUAUAUUUCAACCGAUCUCAAUGUGCUGCUGCUGAUGCAAACGCAAAUUUUCCUCUGUUUUCAUGGGAAACUCAUAACCAUGAUUGUCACUGUUCACUUUGUAAAAGUUUAAUUCCAUUUUGCCUUGCUUACCUGAUCCUUAUAGAUCACCUCUGACUUGAUCAACUAACAGUUAAUAUUGAUGUUGAUUCACAUUAGAUGUAGCUUGGAUCAAACCUGGUUUGGAUUUAUCAUCAAAUUUUGAUCGGAUGCUGUUCUACAGUGGAAACACCAACUAAAAGAAUCAAAUUGGUCAACUGUAGGAUAACUUUGUAUGUUUAAACAACUCGACUUUCGAUUUAUUGGUCCAUCUUUUUCACACCAUUUUACUAAAUUGCACCUUCAAAAGCCCAAACCCUUUCCGAUGCUAACUAGAGAAUCACUUAGGUGUUGAUCAUGAAUCAAUUGGUGCAUUGAUCAAAGAUUUAUUGGAAAGAAACCUUUUCUUGAUGAAUUUAAGAAAAUAAGUCUUCCAUAUUAUGGCAGACAUGAUUAAAUAAAUUUUUUUAAACCAUGCA